GCGGAGUGGUUGGUCCUUCCCUCGCUCUCCUGUCCCCCUUCCCCCUUCCCCCUUCCCCCAACCCCCGCGUUUCGGCUGCUUCUUCCGCGUUUUGCCUCUGCUCCCCUGUUCCGCUGUCAUGGCGUUUUAUUUCAGGAGAGGCCGAAGAGGCCAGUUUAAACAUAUAGCUCAUGGCCUGGUCCCUGCAGCUACCAUAGCUCCUAAACCUGCUGUCCCCCGCACCCCUCCCCCUCGUAGCCCAAACCCUUCUCCAGAAAGGCCCAGAUCGGCCCUGGCAGCAGCUAUUCUUGUGACAACCCUAACUGGGCGGACCGUUGCUAUCCCUCAGCCUCGCCAGCGAUCUCUUUCUGAAAGUGAUGCCAGCUGCUUACAGGAUCAAGAAGGCUGUAUCGAGCCAUAUGCCACGAUCACUGAGUUACGAAUGGGCCCCAAUUGGAAGGGUGACGGUGAUGAAAGAAGUGUUGUGCAGUCUUUUGAAGUAUCUGGCAGUUAUGAGGAUGAAGAUAUUGAUACAUGUCCUUCAGACAUAGAAAAAGAACCAAGUCCAAACUGCCAGGUUAUAGAUAAAAAAGAAAGUACUAGCAGUGAAGCUUUGUAUGCUGUUCCACAGAAAAUUAAACAGGAAAAUCUCCCAGUAUCUUCUAGUUCUGAUGAUGAGGAAGAAGAACCUACUUGCCUCAUUCAUCCAAAUGUUCAAGUGGAAGAAAUUGCACGCUCUGAAGCUAAUUUCCAGGUAGAAAAGCUCGCAAUUGAACAUUCAGUGAGUGAGAAGCUUCCACCAUCCCCAGAUGCAGCAGUCCGUAGAAAGCAGGUACAGAUGGAGCUUGCUAAAGAAAGGUUCCAGAAACUACAAGAAGAAAACUGGCAUUUGGAUGAUGCAAAUCGGACCCUAUUUUCACAACUUGAAGAGACAAAGCAGCACGUGAAGGAACUUCAGUUGAAAGUUAAGGAACUGGAAACCGAAAACAGACGGUUUAAAGAAACAGCACAGGAUUCACGUAGCGAAGAGGAACUUGCAGAAUUGCUUUCGUUACGACAACAAGGCCAGGAACUGGUGGAUGAAAAUUACAGUUUGAAAAUGACUGUUCACCGUUUAAAUGUAGAAUUGAGUCGCUAUCAGGCUAAAUACAGACCCAUUUCACCAAAUGAGAGUCUAAAGAUUGGAAGUCUGCCAUUGAAGAAGCCCAUACCCCCUUGGCUGCUGGAUAUGAAAUAUUUAUCUCCUCUCCUAUUGGCUUAUGAAGAUAGAAUGAGGGGAAAAGAAGACUUGAUUCUUGCACAUGAGGAGGACAUGAAGAAUUUUAAAGCGCAAGUUGAAGAGAUAGUGAAAGAAAAUGAACAGUUACACCAGCAACUAAGUAAAAAUGGUUCAUUUACCACCAAAGAAUGGCAACAACUACAAAGCCAAGCCAAGCUAGUCUUAGAGGAAAAUGUAGUGCUGAUGGAGCAGCUUAAAAUACAGCAUUCAAAAGCAAGAGACAACCACAACCAACAUACAGAAGAUGUUUCCAAAUUAACAAAGCAGCUAAUGAUUUUGGAAGCAAAGAAACACAGCCAAGAAGAGGAACUGAGGGACAGCCAGAAACAGCUGGAUGUAUUACACUCAACAUACAAAGAACUAAAGGCCACCUUCAGAAACCAUAUAACCAUGAAGGAGCAUGUUGCUUUGGUAGAGCAAUUAAAAAGCCAGUUGCAACAGGAGCAGGAGAAGAAAGAGACUGAAUUACAGGAACUAAUCAGAAAACUAGGCUCUGUGCAAGCAGAAAAGAAGAGCCUGCUUAUAGAGAAGAAAGAACUGGAGGCUCAAAACAAGGUUCUAGAAUCAGAGCUGGAAACCGUUCAGAAAACAAAGAGGCAAUUGCAGGAUAAAAUAGGUCUUCUGAAACAGCAGUUGGACAAAGCAUUGGAAAAGGAGAUGACCGCACAUCAGUAUCUCACAGGCCUGGUCAGCUUGGCAGAAAAAAUAUCCCAAGAACGUGACCAUCUUUUAAACUUGACCAGCUCUUUGGAAAACGAGAAGCAGGGUGUUCUCCAAAAUAUUAUAAAAGGAAACGUACGCCUAGGAAAAUUAGAAGAGAAAGUGAAGGUGUAUAAAAAGACGGCUGCUGGGAAGCUGGGAGACAUCAGUCUCAAGAUGACGGAGCAAGAGAAGGAAUUUGCUGGCAAGGCUGCUCAGUACCAGCGCGAGAUGAAGCACCUCCAGCGGCUGCUGCAAGAGAAGCAGGAAACCCUGGAUGAAGUGCUGCAGCAGAAAAGGGAGAUGGAAGGUGAACUUGAAAUAAUCUGGGAAUCGACCACCAAAGAAAACAGGAGGAUGAAAGAACUCUUGCAUAAAUCCCUGGAGAAGAAGAAUACGCAGAGCCCUGUCAAAGCCUAUGAGUCACUUUUAGCUGACAUUUCUCCAAAAGACCUGCUUGGCUUCUCAAUUUGUGUGCCAACAGAGGAAAAUUAAAAGCCCCUCUAUUCUGGGAUGAGGAAGAAAGUGCAAUUAAAGUAUGCAAAUUAAUACAUAUUUGGAAAUGUGCAUUGUUUGUUUCUAACAAGAAGCUUCAGUUUUCUGUCACAGAAUUUGAGAUUUUGAAUGCAGAAUACCAGAUGUCCCCAUUAACACACCAUGGAAGAAAGCUCAUGAAACUGUUAGCCUGUACCUAAGUGGAGUGCUUAGAUAGAUUUUUAAACUUUGAAUUCAUCUAUAUUAUCAAUAAGCCAUCUAGUUAUCUGAACCAAAGGAAAAUGUGAUGCAGCUACAGUUGCUGAUGCAGAAUUUUUUGCACUAAUUAGUGAAUUUAUGACAGAACUCUGUGGAGUUGGGUGCCGUAAGAGGGGGGAAAGAAACUUAAACUUGCCCUAAACUUUUAUCAAAGAGCUUAACGGAAUUUCUAGCAUUGUGAGGCUGUAAAGCAGCUGGAAACACAAUGAGAGAAAUGUACCCUCCAAUGCCUUUUAUAUGUUCCACCUUGUAUAAGUGGAACUCAGAAGUUCCACUUUGUACAAUAGUACUUACUCCCAAGUAAGUGUACACAAGGUGCAGUCUUCAGCAUGUUGGCUCAGAAACAGGUCCCACUGAGUGGAAUGAGACUUUCUCCAUUGUAAGGGAUUGCAGCAUUCGUUGGUGAUUUUUCAAAAAUAUGUAAUGAAAUACAGAGAAUGGUCAGGUGGUGAACUGGGCAAUUACUCUGCAAAAGUCUUGAAUUGUUGCUGUCUUGCCAGUUGAUUAGUAAAUCUACAUGGCAGGAAAUUCAGUCCCCAAUAGCCACAUUUCAAGCUGUAUACUUUGAACUGAACUAAAUAUUAUUCACAAAUAAUGAUACCACGAUGGGUUGUUUGUUUGUUUUUUAAAGGGGAGUAAUUUGGGGCAGCAAACCGAUGAGUGAAGAGGUGAGCGUUGAGUCUUGCAAAUAAAUGUUUGGAAUGCAUGGUGGGAUAGGAGAUGGGGGAGUGUUCUGGAGUGAAGAAAUAGUGGGAGGAUUCUCCCUGCCGCUGGUUCCUCCAUUUCACAUUGCCUCCUCCCAGCAUAGCUUUUCUCUCUUGUUUUAAAGGGCCAUUGGGGUUUAGUUACAAGUCUUUGGUGCAGCAUUUAACCACAUGCGUUUAAUAUGUGACCCACAAUCCAUGGACUAUAAAUGGAAGUUUGUCGCUUUGAGGACUUCCCCUGUGUACAGAUACAAAGGUUUAUGUAGCAGCAUGCAAAACGAUGACAAAUCCUUGAGACAUCUUCUAGAUGCACACAGCCUAUCAAAGAGGAGGAAAAGGAAUAGUAGGGUAGAUGACAGUCUGGAGUUACCAACUCCUGUUUUGAUUCAUUGGAAAUACUAUGAAUUUAUGUAGCUAGGCUCCAAACAAAAGGCAGAAAAAAAGUCAGACCAGGUGUUUUGCUUCAUCAAAUUGGAAACUAACACAAACACUCGUCUAGGUUUGAGAGGCUGCUCAGCAGUCUCACACUUCAGAAAACUAGAUUAAGAAGCCCAGUGGUUUUGCUUAUUUAGUAUUUUGCUUUUUUGUUGAAGAUGGCAUUAUAUCCAACUAUCAUAAAACAUUUGUUUCCUUCAGAGUUGCAAACUAGUAGAUCAUUAAAUAACAGUGGAAUAAUCAGGGUAUGAGCUCUGUGUAUACAUUUCAGGCGUUUCAUACAUAAUUACAUAGCACCUAAAAGAAGCAAUCAUAUCCAGGAGAAGGGUCUUGGAACUGAAGAAGAUUUCUACCAUCUAGUUUGCUACUUUUGACGUUUUAGUUGGUCAUAAUAAAUAAAAAUGCUUUUAAUGGACCAGCACAGCUCCCUGUAGUUUUGAAAAAUACAGUGUUUGGUUUUCCUGAAACCCUAAUAUAAGUAACUGCUCCUGUGUCAGCGAACAAAGUGUUUUUCAGCAUUUGAUUUAACACUCAAGAUGGUUUAUGGUCUAAGGGACAUGUCUGUGAUCUAACACUGUAAAAGCUUUAACUUGUGAAAAUUGGCUGUGGUUGGUUUCCCAGUGGUAUUUGGUUUGUUUCUUUGGUCUUUUCUAAAGCCUUUUAGCUCAGUAAUUCUUGUGAGCAUCUCGGAAUCUACUUCAGUCUUCAAACCAGCCAUGGGACAGAGCAGAAACUCAUGCUUAAUUGUGCCUUAUAUGUACAAAUGGCAAGUGUGAUUAACAGCUGCCUUGUUUGCACAAAUUCUAAACUGAAAUAUGCAAGCUCAACAGUUAUGGCUUAUUUUUAGACAAUCAAACUUAAUGCCAAAACGUGGUUUGGAAUGGCCAAACAGAACCUUGUGCUCAUGCAUUCCUUGUCCUAUUCCUUCUUCUCUUUUGUGCUCCGAUCCAGUUAGCAUUUCCCCCUUUUUAGCACAAACCAUAAUUUGCCAUUACAUCUGGACAGGCAAACUAUGGGACAGUUUCCUAGUUUUGAUGUAAAUGGCAAGCUAUGUUUUGUGCUAAAGUGAAAGUAACUAAUUACUUCUGGAUCUCCCUGCCCCCCUCAAGAGGCUUUGUUGCUUUUAAUCUGUUUGAUUUUUAUGUUUUUUUUUUGUUCUUUUAUGUUAUACACAACUUUGAGAUGUCAGCGUAAAUUGUUUCAAAAUAGCAUAAAUAAUUCAAUGAGGCUGUUCACAUGAGCAGCCAAUAAUAAUAAUAACAAUAAACUUUAUUUGUUAGCUGCCCCAUCACAAAUUGCUCUCUGGGUGGCUUACAACCCAAAAUUAAAACAUGAGAUAAAAACACAUUAAAUCAUAACAGACCAAAAAGCGGGGUGGGGGCACUAAGGAAGCCAAGCCUGCUCUUGGCUGCGCACAUGUGAGCCACUGGGAAGUGAGCAGCUCCCACCGGCGGCACAAGAGCAAGCCCACUUAGGGAGCCUGCUGCUUAGCCAGGGUUAAGGGUGCGAGGGUGCCCUUUAACUCAGGCUAAGUGCUUGUGUGUCAGCACGGCAUGGCGCCAACACAAGAGCAGGCUUCCAGCCAUCUCCACGAUGCACUGUGCACUCGCCUUACGGCCCUGCCUUAGUCAUUUUACUCCCUUGUUUAAUAUAUCCGAUCUUGCUGCAGAAGUUGUAAAAAUCUGGGUAUGAUCCAUAGUCCCAUAGUAACAUAAUGUGUCUGUAUGGUUCAGGAUACAUUUUGAUGCUCAAAUGUUCUGCUUCUUUAGCAUGUGUGGGUGCUGUCUUUGUCUUUCUCUGAACCACUCUUGUUUUUUAUAGGUCAGGAUCAGGGCCAACGUUUGGAUACAUAUUCAUUUGUAAUCAAUAUUUUCUUGACUUUCUUAUAUCCGGACCUUUUGCUUGUUUACCAAACAUGUAUUUUUUUUUCAACCAUUGAGUAAGUUUGUAACAAUAAAAUAAAAUUUUUUAUUCUAAA